AUGAGCUUCUCAAAAAAUUACGCCCCUCAAAAUUCAACCCACCCUCAAACCGCGCCUGUGAAAAUCGCCUCGACGAUGAGGGAAUCGUCGAAUGCACGUCUCUCUCUGUCCAAGGGCCAAAGGCCCCUGAGCAAGGCCUUGUCCCAGCAGUCGAAAAUCGGCAUGAGUACCGCUUCUCUGAUUCCCGGCCACCAAGUCACAAGUGCAACUUACAGAAGUGCGAAGGGAGGAUUCAAGAUUCCGAGGUACCAGAACAGCUAUCGAUUACAUGCCCACAAUCCGUGGAAACAGGAAGUAGUCGACAAGGUUCUCGAAGACGUUAUGACCACCACCCUGACCGGGAUGAAGUACAACCCCGAGGUUUGCAUGAAACUCUGCCAGGACAUGACGGCCGAGAUAAGAAAUCGGAUAUACCGAAAGGACUACGACAGGCGAGAUAUUGCGACGAUCGCAUGUAAGGAAAUAUUUAUCCAUGAAAGGGUUAAAAAAAAGUGGCACGCAGGGAAAUUAUUUACCUCGUCGCGUUUCAGGUACAAGUUCAUAGUGCAGGUGACGAUAGUAGAAAAGACCGGACAAAGUUUACAAGUCGCUAAUGGGAGGCUGUGGGACAUCGAGAGGGACAAUCACUCGUCUUUUACAUUUGAAAGUUCCCAAAUGUACGCCGUGGGGAUCGUCGUCGGUGUUUAUUACGAAUAAUACCGGAUACAAUUACCGUUAUAACAACAACGAUGCGGAUCGAUUUGCAAGCAACAUUUUUUCGCAGCUCGGUAUAAUAAUUUGCGACAGUUUACCGACUCCCCCUUAUUGUUAGUAUCGUUGGACAAAUUAUUCGAGUGGUGAAAAUUUACAUCCGAGAAUGAUUUAUUCAUGAUUUUUCUUUAUACACUUUCGACGAAUCUCUCUUCCUUUGACGAAUGAAUUUUACACGCGGAUGUGAGACGCGAGAAUUUUUUGUCAAGUGAGAAAAAUGACGUGGAAACUAAUAGUAGAAAUUCAUGAUUUUAACCAAAACAUGGAUGACGACGAAUGAUCAAUGAAACGAAGAAACGAGUUUUUCUCUUUUUCUUUCAACGAUAUUAUCAAUGAAUAAAGAUAAAAUAAUUGCAACAUACGACGGAAUGAAUAUUAUACAAUGUAUAAUGUAUAAGAAUUGCCUGUACGCGUGAGGAUUGUUUUUAUACAUUCUCUUUAUUGUUAUUUAAAUUGAUAUAUUAUUAUUAUUACUAAUGGGCGAUGGUAUGUAUAUGCAUGAUUCGUGUAACAGUGACUAUUACAAUAAUAUUUAUAAUAUUUUAUAUGUAAUAUAAAAACGAAGAAAAAGUGAGACAAAACGAUCUGCUCUUUUCUUCCUCCCAAUACACAAGAAAUCAAAACUAUUUUACACAGCACGUGUUUUUCGAUUGAUUCUACAUCGGAGAUAAUUGGGAAUAAACGAAAAGAAAAUGCAA